GCGUGGCUGAGUGACGCAGGCGCAGUGCGACUUCGGAGGCGCGGGCUGGCCCCUCCGCGGGUUUGGAUCCGGGUCAGUCAGGCGCUGCGAUCCGGGAGAGACGAUCUGAACUGACGGGACUGGAUUCCCGGAGCGCCCCAGCUGCGAGGAGUAUUAACGGCAACAUCCAUAGUAGUGUAAAAACUUUCACAAUGAAAUCUGAAGCCAAGGAUGGGGAAGAGGAGAGUCUACAAACUGCUUUCAAGAAAUUAAGAGUGGAUGCAUCAGGGUCCAUAGCAUCUCUGUCUGUUGGAGAAGGCACAAAUGUCAGAGCAUCAGUCAGAACAUCAGCAGAUGAGACCAAACCGAAAACCUCAUGUGCACCUAAAGACAGUUGGCAUGGGUCUACAAGGAAGUCUUCACGAGGAGCAGUAAGAACCCAGCGUCGUCGACGUUCUAAGUCUCCUGUCCUUCAUCCUCCAAAGUUUAUACAUUGCAGUACAAUAGCUUCUUCUUCCAGCAGCCAGCUCAAGCACAAAAGCCAGACUGACUCCCCUGAUAGCAGCAGUGGGCUGGGAAUUUCCACCCCUAAAGAGUUCACUGCAGGAGAAUGCUCUACUUCUCUCGAUACUAAUCACACAGGGGCAGUCGUUGAGCCUUUGAGAACUUCGGUUCCCAGGCUCCCAUCAGAGAGUAAGAAGGAAGACUCCUCUGAUGCUACCCAAGUCUCCCAAGCAAGUCUCAAGGCCAAUGAUCUCUCUGACUUUCGAUCCGUUUCCAGGCUAAACCAGGGCAAGCCAUGUGCAUGCAUAGGCAAGGAGUGCCAGUGUAAGAGAUGGCAUGAUAUGGAAGUGUAUUCCUUUUCAGGCCUGCAGAGUGUCCCUCCCUUGGCCCCAGAACGAAGAUCCAUGCUUGAGGACUACUCUCAGUCGCUCCACACCAGAACUCUGUCUGGCUCCCCCCGCUCCUGUUCUGAGCAAGCUCGAGUCUAUGUGGAUGAUGUGACCAUUGAGGACCUGUCAGGCUACAUGGAAUAUUACUUGUAUAUUCCCAAGAAAAUGUCCCACAUGGCAGAAAUGAUGUACACCUGAUAGCAAGAAGCUAAGUAAUAUGCUUUAAACCAAUGAAGGGUUGUCAGAGAGAUUUAGUUAAUGGCAGACCUUGCGGCCACGUUAUGUGAGAAGACAUCUCCUUCUGCUCACUGUGCUUGCAAUAAAAACUUUUCUUGGCAUCUCCGUUCAUCUUCGUUCUUUAAACUCACUCUCUGCGUUCUUACAUACGCACCAAAGCAAGCAGAUCAAAGGAAAAUAAAUCCCUCUUCUUUAGAAAAAGUUUCUGGGAGUUGAAGAAACCAUAACUACUUGACUGGGAGCGAUGGGUAUAUGGUAAAAGGCUUUGUAAAGCAGGGCAUUUUUCAGAUCUGUUUAAGAUUUGUUGGCCCGGGAAAAUGAAACGUUUUGUAACUGGACUGAACAUUCGUCAUGCUGCAGUUGCCAGCCCAGAAUCUUAGAAGUUCUAUGACUGCUUUGAAGCGUCUCUGAUUUAACACAAGCUUAUUGUGUCUUUCAGGGUUCCUUAUGUUAUUGUUAAGCCAGAAAUCGAAGGUUUAGAUUCAGUGUGAAUAAACUAGCUGGCCUGCCCUAUAUUGUUUGAAAGAAUCAUCAACCAUCACCAAACAAACCCCUGCUGGCACUUGGUGUGUGAAGUUUCUCGGGUCAGAAGCAGCGAGGAGCGGGCUGCUUUGGUUGGAAGGAGGGGGUGUAAUAUUUGAAACCAGCGUGCGUCUUCUCCAUCUGUGGCAUUUUAACACACGUGGCAUGUUUCAGUCCGUUGUGAUGUAGAUCUCAUGCCCCAGUUUCAAAUGUUCUGGAUGGAUAGUAUCUCUGCACUGCCCUCCCGCCCCAGCCAACCCAACACAGAAUUUUAUACAUGCUGUAUCUUGCAUUUCUGGUUGGCCAUCCAAAAA